GUUUGGUGGUUACCAAAACCGGAAGUGGAAUGAAUAUCCACAUCACUUCCGUCAACACACUUGAAGCAAUUCGGACAACUUCAAUCUAGGUGUACAGAAAGUUAGUCGAGUGGAUGUCAGCUCCAAAGGGCGAGAACUGCCAGGUCGACAUGGACAGCAAAGUUGGAGAUCUGUUCAGUGCUGAGGAUGCUCAUCCAACUGGUGGAGCUGGAAUCUUGUCCAAGCUGGGCCUCCCCAAAGGCAUCUCAGCCAGCAUGGCCAAAGAGUGGCUGGACAGGCGCCGGGUGUCCAUCCGACCAUGGGCGAGCUUCGUGGACCAGCGCAAGUUCUCCAAACCUCGCAACUUUGGCGAGCUGUGUCAGCGGGUGGUGAAAAAUAUGGAGACGUACAACAGCAACUACACCUUCAUCUUCCUGGGCCUCAUCCUUUACUGCAUAAUCAGCUCGCCUAUGUUGCUCAUUGCAUUGGCUGUGUUCAUCGGUGCUUUCUACAUUAUCCACCUUAAAUCCCUAGAGUCCAAGCUGGUAAUCCUUGGCAAGGAACUGACUGUCCCACACCAGAUGAGUCUAGCUGGAACUGUCUCCUUACCUGUGUUCUGGCUGGCAGGAGCCGGAGCUGCAGUUUUUUGGGUUCUGGGAGCGACCUUGUUCGUGAUCGGCACUCACGCCGCGUUCCGUGAGCUGGAACCCUCCGACAUGGAGGAGCUCCUCAUGGAGCCCGUGUGAGGAGCAGGAUGCAAGGCUUGUGCAUGGGUUUACCUCUUAUUGAUUAUUCCUCAUUGGUUACUUACAAUCCGGUAAUCUAUUAACUGUUACAGAGGUUUGCUGGUCUUAUGGCGUAUUUAAGCACAUUUUUCAUCAAAUGCCAAACUCUACUUCUUUUAUACGUCUCUAGUCUUGUCUCCUACUUGGAUUAAAUGACUGAUAUGUUGCAUUGAUUUGCACUUUUCACGACGCUAAACUGCUAAAAAGGGGAACGAUUUCCCCUCCAAAAGUGCAAUUUCAAAGGCAUGAACACAUGGAAGUACUAUUAUGAGUCUACAUUAUACUGCAGGAAAUGCUAAAUGUUUUUUAAUGCACACAAUUAAUGAGGCUAUUUAGUAAACAUAUGUUGACAGUAGAUUAUAGAUUUUUGCUUCAUGCCUAUUUUAUUGGAAGCUGCAGUCCCAACAUAUGCAUGUCAUGUAUGUAAUCAACAUUUAAUCUUUUCCAUUUGGUGAAAUCAGGUUUUUUCUUGUGUUAUAAAUAAAGUUGGGCCAUGCACCCAAACUGCUUGUU